GAAACAAAGGCAAAAACAAAAAAAUUAGUCAUUCUUUAGAAAGAAAUUACAUACAAUGAAAUUGUAGAAAUUUAGAAAAUUUAAUUUUAGUCUACGAGAAACUUUGUAAACGUAGAGUUUAAGAAACUUAACACAGAAAAGAAACGGUCGCCAGCAGUUUAAAUUCCUUUUCUAUAUCACAAAGUACGCUUUGUUAUUCCUCCAAAUGUCUCAUAAACAUCAAAUUCUUGUUGUCAUUUUGGCUGCUUUUGCCUGGAGCGUGACCUCAUUUAGUCUACAAUUUCUGGGGAAUAUGAAACAUCCAGAUCUACCAGAUUAUUGUUACUUUGAAGAAUACAACAUAUCCAUACCGGUUAAUAAAACAAUUUAUCCCACUGAUAUGGAUGCGGUGUGUUUCAAGGUCUAUUGUCGUGAAGACUUUGUGCUGCAAAUAAAGCACUGUGAUCGUGUGAUGGCCCACCGUCAUUGUGAUGAAAGUCCUUAUGACUAUAGCAAACCAUAUCCUCAAUGCUGCCCCAUAAUUAAAUGCAAAAAUGAUGUUUAA